UGUGUCAAUAUUAUUGAUGUGAGGAGGAUCUUUCCUCGCGAUAAACCGUCAGUAUUAUACUAUCGAUAUUUCAAGAUCGAUCCGCCUAACCCCCGUGAGAGUGAGACACUUGUGGUUUGUGACGGAAAGAGCGUCUCUCAUUCAUUCAAGCGCCUCACUCAUUUCACUCACGUUGAGUCCGUCAGCCGAACCUUCCGAGGGGAUUUCUACAUGGAGUAGGCUACACUUGCAAACUUUUAAGUUGCUUUUACGAUGCGAAGGAGAACUUCGUAGAACAACGACGUCACGUGAUUCUGUGCUAUUUUAUUAGACAUUUUAGAAAAGAUUUUGGGAGAUUUAAUUAUGUUUUUUCCUCUUACGACAUGACUAGAUCAUGGUCGCUGGAGAUACACAAAGUCUUAAAGAAAGAAGGCUGAUAUCUCGACAAAAGAAUCACCUCAGAACCAUGAGGUAUUGUCUCCUGUGGAACUUCGCCAAAGUGAUUCUGUUUUGGACAUUAGCUGAUGCUCAGGCUGAUGAAGAUGGUGAGAUUACAGCUGAAGAACAGGUACAGAUGCUACUGGAUGUAAAGCUGCAGUGCCUACUGAAGGUCUCUACAGACGACCCAGCAGUUGGUGUAUGUGCCCCAGAGUGGGAUGGUCUGAUAUGUUGGCCGCAAGGCUUCCCUGGAGCUCUGACCAAGACCCUCUGCCCAAGUUACAUCUAUGACUUCAACCAUGCAGGACAUGCCUACAGGAGAUGUGACUCUAAUGGUUCCUGGGUACUUGCAGAGAGUUCAAACAAGACUUGGGUCAACUACACCGAGUGCAUCAAAUCCCCAGAGCCCAACAAAAAGAGACAGGUCUUUUUUGAACGGCUGCACAUCAUGUACACAGUAGGCUAUGCAGUUUCCUUCAGCUCUCUUCUAGUGGCCAUCUUUAUUAUUGGAUACUUUAGACGUCUCCACUGCACCAGGAACUACAUUCACAUGCACCUGUUUGUUUCCUUCAUGCUGCGUGCUGUCAGCAUCUUUGUGAAGGAUCACGUGGUGCACACUGGUAACGCGCUGCAGGAAUUUGAUGCUGUGCUCAUGAAUAACUUCUCUAAUGUUGUGGAUGUGGCACCAGUGGACACUUCACAGUAUAUGGGUUGUAAAGUGACCGUCUUGCUGUUCAUAUAUUUCCUGGCUACAAACUACUACUGGAUCCUGGUGGAGGGCUUGUACCUGCAUAGUCUCAUCUUCAUGGCCUUCUUGUCCGACUCGAAAUACCUGUGGGGCUUCACUUUGAUUGGGUGGGGUGUUCCUGCUCUUUUUGUUGCUGCAUGGGCAGUUGUCAGGGCAACGCUGGCGGAUGCAAGAUGCUGGGAGCUGAGUGCAGGAAACAUCAAAUGGAUCUACCAGGUCCCCAUUCUGACAGCCAUUGGGCUGAACUUCAUCCUGUUCGUGAACAUAGUGCGGGUGCUUGCAACUAAGAUCCGCGAGACCAACGCAGGCAGAUACGAUACUCGGAAACAGUACAGGAAGCUUGCCAAAUCCACGCUUGUGUUGGUGUUGGUGUUUGGGGUGCAUUACAUUGUGUUUGUUGGAAUGCCACACACCUUCGACGGUCUGGGCUGGGAGGUGCGGAUGUAUUGUGAGCUGUUCUUCAAUUCUUUCCAGGGUUUCUUUGUGUCUAUCAUCUACUGCUACUGUAAUGGAGAGGUCCAGACUGAGAUCAAGAAGACAUGGACCCGGUGGAACUUAGCAUUCGACUGGAAGGGCCCGGUGGUGUGCGGGAGCUACCGCUAUGGCUCUGUAUUAACUGGCCUCAACAAUAGCACCAGCAGUCAAUCCCAGCUCGCUGCCGGAGGCCCAAGCACCCGUUCCACCACACUCUUCUCCAGCCGCGUCUACCGCAGCAGUGGGGGGCCAAAUAUCAGCACACACGCCUCCUUGCCAGGGUAUGUGCUCAAUUCGGAUGCUGACAGCUUGCCACCAUCUAUACCUGAGGAGCCGGAGGACAGUGCAAAACAGGUCGAUGACAUCCUGCUGAAGGAAUCCCUACUCACGAGGCCCAGCAGCGGCUUGGAGGAGGACGAGGAAACUCUGUAGAUAAUGGGGUGGUGAUAGUCAGCUAAAUUGGGUGUAAUAGCAGACAUGGCAUCUGUUAAAGAACAAAAAUGACAGUACAUCACCUGCAGCACACUCUGUUGUGAAUGGCAACAGCACCUUUACAAUGGACACUUUCCUACUCAAUCAGUGUCACAUAGUUUUGUUUUUGACAUUAGAUCUAUAUUUUCAUGGCGAGACAGCGCUACCCAUCACGGCCCUGGAAAUGCUGAUGGUGGAUAAAAUUUCUGGUUGCCUCAUGCAAUUCUAAAACUUCCAAAUGGACAUGGAGUUUUUUGGGUUUUUUUCUAUUACUCUACCAGCAAUUUAUUUUUGAAUACUGGUUUCAUUUGCUAAGAACCAUGAUGUAAUCAAAUGAGUUAUUUAAGUCAAAAGCAUGAAUUGUGUUGACUGUGGGGGUGGGGGGUGGGGGGAAUACAAAAUGUACUUAACUCUUCAUCAUACUUCCUGUAAUAUUUCUUUCCAUAGGAUGCAUUUUAAUAAUUGAAUAAAAUUGAUUUCA